AUAAAUAUAAAUACAUAGAGAUAUAGUAAAUAUAAAAUAAUAUUUUUAUGCUCACCACGUAAUGUUGAAGUGAAAAUACUACUUACUCCUACAAACAAACACACACACAUACAUAUGUAUGUAUGAUAAUCCCUUAAGUUCCAAUUGUUUUUACAAUUAAAAAUUUCUUUUUUUUUGCUUGUGCGCCGCAAACUACUCUAAACUGUUUGCAUUUGUGCAACAAAAAGAAAAAACAACAACAACAACAAUCAUUCUAAAUACUGUCCACUGUCUCAUUAUCAAGUACAUUUGCAUACCUUGAAAGCGCAUACGGCUUGCGGUUGAAUAGCGGAAAUGGAAUCCGCUCAGGCAACAACUUAUGAACCGUUAGAAGGUCGUAGUGCUGGCAUACGACACGAGCCCAUGGAUAGUCCGGAGGCGGAUAUACGUACACCUAAAGAUCAAAAACAUUCCGUUUAUAUAGCCUUGUUGGCCGCUGGUAUUGGCUUUGUGUUGCCCUACAACAGUUUCAUCAUCGCCGCCGAUUAUUGGCAAGCACGCUUCCCCGGUCGCUCCGUGGCAUUGGACAUGUCUAUGACGUAUAUAAUUGUCGCAUUUGCCACGGUUUUGCUUAACAAUGUUUUUCUAUCGUUGGCGCCAUUUCGUGUGCGUAUCCUUUUCGGUUAUGUGGUGUCCUUUACGACACUCAUCUUUGUGGCGGUCUGCGAGGUGGCAUUUCAUAUGUUUGCUGCCAAUACAGCAUAUUCGGUGAACUUGGCUGCUGUCUCAUUGGUGGCCAUCGGUUGUACAGUUCAACAAUCCAGUUUUUAUGGAUUUGCCAGCAUGUUGCCGAAGCAAUAUACCCAAGCAGUGAUGGCCGGCGAGAGUAUUGCGGGCUUUCUGGUAUCUUCCAAUCGUGUGGUUACAAAAAUGUUGAUACAAAACGAUCGUCUAUCGACGGUGAUAUUCUUUCUAACCUCAACUUUGUAUGUACUGCUCAGCUAUGCGCUACAUUUGGUCACUAUAAACUCGCCCUUCGUGCGAUAUCACAUGAAAGCUUGUGCAAAAAUUGUGCUCAGGCCUGAUGAGGAUCGAUUGAAUGAACUCGAUGGCGACAUGCCCAUCGCCAAGUAUGGCGUGCUAACACUGGAACCCACUUCACCACCAUCGAAUGCAGCAAACAGCGCAACAGGCGCGCUCAGUUUCAGUAAUCCCGUUUAUGAGCUAUCUAAUCCCACAGCAGGCGAAAGUGUAAUCGAGGGUCUCAAUAGUCUGCCCGAUAUGCCGAGUACACCGCAGGAGCCCACCACACCGACCACAGUCGCAUUCAAGGUAGAGCACGUACUCACACCGGGCACAUGUACGCCCGGAAAAUUGAGCGAUUUGAAAAAUGGCUUCGUCUCACGUUGGACUGUUGCGCAAGCUAUAUACCCGUAUAUGGUGUGCAUUGCUUUGGCCUACUGCGUUACGCUCUCACUCUACCCUGGCAUUGAAUCGGAGAUAAUUUCCUGUAGUCUUGGCACCUGGUUGCCCGUAAUGCUUAUGUUUACUUUCAACACAGCGGAUGUGAUUGGCAAGAUACUCGCUGCAGUGCCAUAUCCAUGGUCACGACGUCAAUUGAUUUUAAUGUCCGGUCUGCGUAUCGUCUUAGUGCCGCUGCUAUUAUUGUGCUGUGCGCCGCGUCACCAACCGGUAAUCUCCGGUGAGACAGCUGCGUUUAUUUUUACAAUUGGCUUGGGCGUUAGUAACGGUCUGGCCGGGAGUCUUCCAAUGAUGCUAGCGCCAGCCAAAGUACCCGGCACGCUGAAAGAAGUCACAGGCAAUAUGAUGACCUUGUCGUAUAAUGUCGGCCUCACAACUGGUUCACUCAUUGGUUAUGUAUUUGAAUCUAUGUUGGGCGCACAGCUGACAAAUCCAUGCCCGACGUACCCAUAUGCGCCAGCCUCUAUGUUGGAUCCAACAGGUGCGCAUGCGCAAUUCAUCAGCAGCACCACGACCACAACCAGCACCGCAGCGCCCAUUUUAAAUACCACAGCUGUAGCGGCGGCGUUACUCACCACAACAGUUUCAACGCUGCUGCCCACCACUGAGGCGAGUACAACUACUAUGGCGGCAACAACAGCAGCUGUAGCAACAACAGCAGCAGCAGCAGCAGCGGUCACUACAACAAGCACAACCGUAGCGCCGCUAUUGCCCACACUUAUAACGCCGACUGCGGCGUUUGUUACAUCAACAGCGGCAGCGAUCUUAAGCUCGGUCGCUGGCACUAUCGAUAAUGUUGUGUCGGCAGUGGUGAGCACUGUCUCGACGGCAGGUCUCGGCGAUUUGACUGGGGAGACGAGCAUAAGUACGACAGAUCCACAAACGUCGAUUGAGUUGAUGCAGCAGAUAUAAGCGGGCCUCAGAAGAAAGAGAGAGAGAGUGAGAGAGAGACAGAGAGGGAGGGGGAGGGCGAGAGAGUAAGCGAAGAAUUUUAUAGAAAUACUUGAAGAGGUUGGAGUUUUUUAAAAUUCUUAACGUAAAGUGCUGAGUGCAAAAUGCAAGGAGAGAGGGAAGGAGAGAGGGAAGGAGAGAGGGAAGGAGAGAGAGAGAGCGAGAGUAAAACUUAUAAUAGUAAAAUAAAAGUAUACCUUUAAACGACUUCUUUGAAUUCUCUCCUCGCUUCACUAAAUUUAUGCCGAAGAAGAGCCUAUCAUUUUACAUAAGCAAGUACCGUUAACUUUUUUCAAAGUGGGGCAACUUAAAUAGCGUGAGAAAUUACUGUAUAUAGCUGAAUUAGGUACUGAUGUUAUAGAGAUUAAUUUCAGGGCGUGAAGCUUGUUUUCUAAUCACAUAGACCUCGCUAUGGGUGCUUGACUAAAAUGGAGGCGGGAAUAUUUUUUGUUAAACUUUUUUUUUAAAUACGCCCAUUUGGUUUGAAAAAACAAAUUUAUUAAAAUCAAAAUAAGCAAAUAAUAGAACGUAGUGAACCAGAAAACAAUAAGUGGAUAGAAAAAGGUUUUGGAAAAGAGAUAAUACAUUUUACUCGCUACUAACAUUACGCCAUACUCAUACCAAAUACAUUUUAAUAUACUCAUACAUACAUAUAUUAAGCAACAUACAUACAAAAAUUCGAAGCAACAGAAUUAUUCUGUUUCAACUACGAUGAUCCCUAAAAUAGAUUUUAACAAAAAAUAAUGCAAAAAUAUUUACUUUGAGCACUUAAGUUGUAAACACUCAGGCAACGACACGGCAUGACUAUACGGCAACCUCGGCAAAACUUUUCUUUCGAAGACUUCGAAAGUCGACUCAUCAUACAUCGGCACUCUCUACAGUUCUGCACCAUACAGUAGAGCAGGAACGAUGAGCGAUCUGUAUAGUUUAGCUUUUCUUCGCCGAGAGAUGACUUUAAUAUUCCAUUGCCUACUCAGUCCAAAGUAGCACCUGUUGGCAAGUGUGAUUCUACGUUGGACUUCAAGUCAAGGCAUUGUUAUUGGUAUAAAUGCUGGUCACUCGAUACGCGAUUCUAUCCAACCUGUUGGUCCAUUAUAGUACCAGAUGAAAAUUCAAGUUUAAACCGAGUUAAAUUUUUCUGCCAUUCUGACGGCCAGUGUCCGAGUCCUGCUUUAACUAACAUCUAAAAUUAUAGAAAUUUUUUUUUCUAAUUGCGGUUGCCGCUCGGCCGGAAGUUUUAUAUUCCCUCCCGUCCAGAGGUGGCUUUGAAUAAACUGUAGGUCCUUGAUUUAUUGAAAAACAUCCAAAUGCAUACCAGAAAUUGGAGGUGGAGCUCGGCCGAACAUCGUUUCAGCGGUUACAGGGCGGCACAUCAACGCGACUUUUAAAGUGUAAGAUCUCUUAACUUCUUUUGAAACUUCCAUGAGACGUGUUCUAGAUAGGCCGUACAUUAACAGAGAGCGUGUUCCAAUGCCUGGCUUAAAGUCUGGAUCUCUACCCUUUUUAAAUGAGCUACCACUGCCACUUAUGCUCAUUUUACUCGCGUACUGUAUCAGUAGCUUGUGGUCUACUACAGUAUUGUAGUCCUUUCGUGACUGUGAAAGCAAAAAGUGGGUUUGUUUACCUUAUGCUGCUGUGGCACAUGACUUUGGCGGUCUUCUUUGCCGAUCCGUUUCCCAGCUGUCCCAGAAAUUUCAUUGAGCGUCUUUAGCGUUCAUGACACUCCGCUAUGUUAAUUGACUCAGUGACUUUCCACUCCCGCAGACCCUCAUCUGAAAAAUGCUCCAAAAGCUUAAAGGUUUUUUGAGAUCUAGCACCCGCUGUCUUAGUCAACUUGGAUCACUCGGCAUAAAUGUGACAAAGUGCCACUGCAACCCCAAACAUUCUUGCACAAACCACCGUCUUGACACCUUCUUCCCCAUGUGAAACGAUAGAGUAUUAUCAAAGCAGAAAAUUCACUUAACACCACUAAUCUCAUAGCAGGCGAUCGAUGGUAGGUUGGGUAAUUCUCCAAGUACAGCCCUUCGAGUAAAGUACCAUGGUGCAAGAUUGAUCCAUCCAGCUUCUGGUCAGUCGAAAGGUCCCACGUAGCAAGAAUCUGGUAUCUUCUUACAUACGUAAAUGGUAAUAUUGGUUCUGUUCACCCUCUUCUCUCCUCUUGAGGUACUUAAUGAAUCACAAAGAUCACCACGCAGAGAUCUUGUACCACCUUGUAAAAAGUAUUGCUUUCUUUUUAUUGGUAUUUACCGCCGACCAAUUGACCAAUAUCCUCCAUUGGUGUAUGCAUCUUAAAACCUUCUAACAAUAUCAGUUUGCAAAUGGUAAAGAAGAACUUUCCCGUCAAUAACAUAUCUAUGUCAAAGCGAUAGGCAAUAACUCUUCAAGAGCUUGACUUCAUUUAACUUAACGAUUUUUUCUGCUGCUCAGUAGCCGUUUUACUCAUUGGAUGACUAUACACGACUGCUCUAUUGGACAAUCAGAGCGUUUUCCUUGUGCUCCAGAUCUCUCUCUGUAUUAAAGGUUAGUGGAUGAAAUAGAGUUUUAGUAGACUCACCCUUUAGCCCAUAUACCCUCCCUUUAGUUUAUUCUUAAUGUAAGCACUUAGAUCAUCAUCAAGUGUCUUCAAAAGGAAUGAAUGGAGUGGACUAUCAUUCGGUCGAGUGGAGGCAUUGUCGGGGUUUUUGUUCAUUUUUUUUGAAGUCUUUUUUUCAAAUCACAUAUAUUUAUUUCGAAAAAAUUUAAUCUACUUAUUGUAUAUUCUUUUGAGAUGAAAUUAGAUUUAUCUGUUGUGGUCAUCCCCACCGAUUUAGGUGAUGUGCGGUCUUCGACAUCGUUAUUUCGAUGUGUCUUACAUUUGAAAGACAUGCCGCUUGUCGUAGUGUCGCGGCCUGUGUGUUCCAUACUCAAGGAAAGUUAAAAAAAUAUGCAGUUGUCAAAAUUCAUAGCAUAGUUUUGGGCGCAAUUAUUCCAAAGACAGUAAGCCAAAUAAUUUCGUGAAUAGCCGGAAAAUUGGACAAAAGUGCGUACGCAACGUAUAUAUUUUUAAAAUUAAUUUAAUUUGCCAACAAAAGUGCGCGGUUUAUCAUUGCCUACCUUUGGGCGCUGAACGUUUGAAACUCUGUACUGUAAGACUAGUUUUUUUAUUUUAAUACUCAACAAAAAAAUAUCACAAUAAUUCAUAGCCAAUAAAAAAGAAAAGAAGUAUUAAAACAAAAACACAAAGUACAGUAGUGGGAAGAAGUGUUAGAAAAUAGUGAAAUUAAAUUAGUGGUAAAAAAGAUACUCCAUUUGUAUAACGUCAAAACUCCGUUGGUACGGGAUUUCGAAGACAGCAAAACUAAAAACUUUUAGUCGCAUUUUAUUCAGCGUGACAAAAAGGAAUACAAGAAGUUGAAAUGCUUCAGAUUCUAGUAAUGACUUGAGAUAUAUUUUUAAUAUAUGCAUACAUACAUACAUACCUAAAUAAAACAAAAAUCACUAAAACAAUUAAUAAGCAAACAAUACCAAAAUCGAGUUGAAAAUUUAUUAUUCGGAAUUAUACAAAAAAAAACAAUGAAAAUAUUUAUGCAUUAAGUCACAUACUGUAUUUAUUUUUAUGCGUGUUGGAACCAACCAGAAAUACUUUAAAUUUCAUUCCAUUAUUGUUGCAACAAUUUCAUUUGUGUGCCUUAAUAUUAUUAUUAUAUUUUAAUAAUUUAAUUUUUAGUUGAUUCGAUAUGGUCAAGCUUGAAAUAAAAUACAUCAAGAAAAUAAACAAAAAGACAAAGGCUAGGUAGAGCACUCAUCUUUAGGAAAAGUUGUGAGAUUGGGAGUGCCACGACUUCAAUUAACUUAGGCCACCAUGAGUCUUAAAUAUUCUAGUUACUUGAGUUCGAAAGAAUUUAUUCUAUUUUUCCCGUUUUUCCCCACCCAGAAGAGAGAUUAAGAUAGGGAGAGAGAGAGAGAGAAAAUAAGGGCGGGAAUAAGAGAUGGGGAAAAAGAGAUAGA